AUGCUUAAUUCUGAUCCAAAAAUACUGCGUCAAACGAAUCUAUGUGUUAAUAAGAUUCUACGAUCAACUGAAGUCAAACGAAUCUAUGUGUUAAUAAGGCCCAAAAAAGGCGUGAGUAUAAAGGAUCGCAUUGCUACAUGGAAUACACAUCCGGUAUUUUCGGUACUGCUUAAAUCAAAUCCCAAGUACUUGGAUAAAGUAGUGGCCAUUGCAGGAGAUUGUGGAUUACCAGACUUGGGGAUCAGUGUGGCAGAUAGAAAAUUGUUGAUAGAUGAGGUGCAAAUCGUACUUCACGGUGCUGCCACUGUAAGAUUCGAUGAGCGGCUUACUGUGGCAGUGGAUAUCAACACUCGUGGCACCCUUCUUGUGGUCCAAAUUGCUAAAGAGAUGCGCGUUCAUGUGUCCACGGCGUACACGAACUGCGUGAUAAAUCAUAUAAACGAAGCCUUCUACCCGGAUAAAUUAACCUCAUAUACAUUCACCAAGGCGUUAGCUGAGCAGGUGGUACAGAAGGAAGCGAUUGGUCUUCCGACGUGUGUAUUUCGACCAGCAAUGAGUACACGCAACUUUACAAUUGCAACAGAGGAUCUAGCGCUUGUUUGUCGACGGGAACAGAUGAUAUGGUACCCAUUUAUUAAAACUUUCAGUAAACUUUGGGCCUUUCAGCUGGCGAUCCUUUUUUAUCACAUUCUACCCGGACAUAUCAUCGAUAUAGUAUUGCGCAUAAGAGGUCAAAACCCAGGAAUGGUUAAGAUGUAUGAUAAAAUACACAUGAACAUUAAGAAAAUAGCGAAAUUCGCUAUUACUAACUGGACCUUUGAAAUGCAGAACUCGGAUCGACUUAUACAAUGUAUGUCACCGCAGGAUCGAAAGCUAUUUGAGUGUGACAUGAAUGAUCUGAAUUGGGAUGAAUACUUUAAAGUGGCACUGCUAGGAAUGCGAGAAUACCUUGCAAAAGAAAGGCCGACUGAAGAAUCCUUCCGGAAAGGACGAAAAUUAUUAAAACGAUUUAAAAUAUAUCAUCAUAUUGUUCAAACUGUUGUUUACGGUACUGUUAUUGCUUUGAUCUGGUUUGUGGUACGCCUAACUGUUCCUUUUUUUUUAUUAAGAAAAGCAAUUGUAUCUUUGAUAAAUAGUUUUUUAAUUAAAAUGUGGUAUUGGAAUUAAUAAAAACUUUGAUAAAUAAGAAAGUUCUAAAAUCGAGGGGAUAAAUAUCAACC